UGGAUGAGCUGCCUGCGUCUGGCCCGGCCUGACCCCAGGCGACUCCCGGGUGACGAUUGUGGCAGCUGCCGCUCGCCGUCUCCACCGUCGCCACAGUUCUUCUCGCCUCGUUGCCGCCCGCCGCCGGGCAGCCCACCCACUCGCGCCACGUUUGCCGUCUCAGACGCAGCCCUCACCCACCUGGCGGUUCACCAUGACACGGGCGAGGUCUACCUCGGCGCCGUCAACCGCAUCUACAAGCUCUCGGCCAACCUGACCCAGCUGCGGACUCACACCACGGGCCCGGUGCCUGACAACCCCCGUUGCUACCCUCCGCCCGGGGUGCGGCUCUGUGCCCAUCAGCUGUCCCCCGCCGACAACGUCAACAAGUUGCUGCUGGUCGACUACGCCGGCGGCCGGCUGGUGGCGUGCGGCAGCAUCUGGCAGGGGGUGUGCCAGCUUUUGCGGCUCGACGAUUUGGCCAAGCUGGGUGAGCCGCACCAACGGAAGGAACACUACCUUUCCGGUGGGCGGGAGCCGGACGCCAUGGUCGGCGUGAUCGUGGAGAAACCGGGGCAGCCCAGCCGCUUCUUCGUCGGCACCUCCAUCGGGGGCCGCUCGGAAUACUUCCCCACCCUCUCCAGCCGGCGCUUGACCCCCGACGCCACCAGCCCCGAGAUGUUCAGUCUCAUUUACCAGGACGAGUUUGUGUCUUCCCAGAUCAAGGUGCCCUCGGACACCCUCUCGCUCUACCCGGCCUUCGACAUCUACUACGUGUCCGCCUUUGUGUCCGGGGGCUUUGUGUAUUUCCUGACCUUGCAGCUGGACACGGCCCAGACGCCCCUUGAGCCGGCGGGCGGACCGGUGGGCCCCGGAGUGUCUGGCGGGGAGAGGUUCUUCUCCUCCAAAAUCGUGCGUCUGUGUGCCAACGACACAGAGUUCUACUCGUACGUGGAGUUCCCCUUGGGCUGCUCCAAGGACGGGGUGGUGGAAUAUCGCCUCGUGCAGGCCGCCCAGCUGGCCAAGGCGGGCCGCCAGCUGGCCCGCGCCCUGGGCAUUGCUGAGGGGCAGGAUGUCCUCUACGCUGCCUUCUCGCAAGGCCAGAAAAACCGGGCCGCCCCGCCCCGCGAGAGCCUCCUUUGCCUCUUUACGCUGGACGAGGUCAACCGACGCAUCCGGGAACGAAUCCAGUCCUGCUACCGCGGUGAAGGCCGCCUCUCUCUGCCUUGGCUUCUUAACAAAGAGCUGCCCUGUAUCAACACGCCGAUGCAGAUCAAUGGGAAUUUCUGCGGACUGGUCCUGAACCAGCCCUUAGGGGGGCUGCAGGUCAUCGAAGGGCGCCCCCUGCUGGAAGAGAAGACCGAGGGCAUGGCCAGCGUCACCGCCUACACCUACCGUGGUCACUCGGUUGUGUUCCUAGGCACUCGCACGGGGAACCUCAAGAAGGUGCGUGUGGACAACCCGAAUGAAGCUCACCUGUACGAGUCCGUGCCAGUGAUGCCUGGAGAGCCUGUCCUACGUGACAUGAUCCUCAGUCCAGACCAGCGACACCUCUACUUACUCAGUCAGACACAGGUGGUGCGGCUUCCGGUGGAGAACUGCGAGCAGUAUUCGACUUGCGCAGAGUGCCUGGGCUCCAGGGACCCUCACUGUGGCUGGUGUGUCUUGCACAACAGGUGUUGCAGAGAAAGCGAGUGCCCUCGCGCGGCGGAACCGCACCGCUUCACGGCGACGCUGAGCCUGUGCGUGCGGCUGAUCGUCGAGCCCAACAACGUCUCCGUCACGGACCCCGGCAUCGUGCUCCAGCUGACCGCCCACAACGUCCCUGACCUGACCGCUGGAGUGAUCUGCUCCUUUGAGAGCCUCGGAGAGAGCGAGGGGCAGCUGCAGACAGACGGAGGGAUCCGCUGCCUUUCUCCUACCUUGCGGGAUGAGCCGCCCGGGGAGCACGGCGACGUCCGGACCGUCAGACUCCGCCUUCUCUCCGUCGAGACCGGUGUGGAAUUUGCCAGCACAAGUUUUGUCUUCUACGACUGCAGCUUUCUGCGCACGUGUCUGUCCUGCGUCAGCAGCCCCUACCCUUGCCACUGGUGUAAAUACAGACACGCCUGCACCCACAACGUUGCCAAGUGCUACUUCGUGGAGGGGCGAGUCAACACCACUGAGGGCUGCCCGGAGCUGCUCCUGGGAGGAGAGAUCUUGAUCCCGGUCGGGGUGCUGCAGCCAAUCACACUGCGGGCCAAGAACCUCCCCCAGCCUCAGUCGGGCCAGAAGAACUACGAGUGUGUUCUGGGGAUCCAGGGCCGGCAGCAGCGCGUCCCGGCCGUGCGCUUCAACUCGAGCAGCGUGCAGUGCCAGAACACAUCGUAUUGGUACGAGGGAGAGGAAGUGGGGGAGCUGCCACUGGACUUCGACGUCAUUUGGGAUGGAGACUUUGCCAUCGAUAAGCUGCCUGGAUUCAAAGCUCUGCUGUACAAGUGCUCGGCCCAGCGUUCCAGCUGCGGGCUCUGCCUCAAGUCCGACCCGCGUUACGAGUGCGGCUGGUGCGUCCCCGAGCGUCGCUGCCUCCUGCGCCCUCACUGCCCCGCUCCCCGGCAGAACUGGGUGCCGCCUGGCCGAAGGGGGGCUCGCUGUGCCCAUCCCCGCAUCACCCAGGUGUCACCACUGACUGGCCCCAAGGAAGGGGGGACACGGGUGACAGUUUGGGGCGAGAACCUGGGGCUUCACUUCCACGAGGUGGGGGUGCGUGUGGCUGGCGUGCGCUGUAGUUCCCUUCCUGCUGAAUAUGUCAGUGCCGAGAGGUUGGUGUGCGAAUUGGAGCCGUCGCUGUUGCCUGACCCUGCCCCUGGCCCCGUGGAGCUCUGUGUGGGCGACUGCAGUGCCGACUACCGGACCCAGUCGGAUGCACCCUUCGUUUUUGUGAACCCCAGUUUUCACAGGGUGGAUCCAGAACGAGGCCCUGCCUCUGGCGGGACAAGAAUCACCCUCCUUGGAACCCACCUGGAUGCCGGGAGCAACGUCAGCGUUGCCAUCCGGGGAGCGCCAUGUCGGCUGGUCAGACGCAGCGCAGGGGAGAUUGUCUGCCUGUCUCCCCUCUCGGUGUCGGGCCCGGGUCCUGCCAACAUCAGCCUUCGCAUCGACCGGGCGAACAUCAACACCAACAGCACCAUCUUCUUCCGCUACAGCCCCGACCCGGUCAUCACAGCAAUAGAGCCCGCCUGGAGCAUUGCCAACGGGAGUACCAGUCUCACCGUGAGCGGGACUCACCUACGGACGAUCCAGGAGCCACGAGUUCGAGCUUCCUAUGGAGGAAUUGAAACAAUCAAUAGUUGCCAGGUGCUGAAUGACUCCGUGAUGCUGUGCAAGGCCCCAGGCAUCGUACCUGGGGAGCAGGCCCUGCCUCUUGGGGGCGCUAACCCUGAUGAGUUCGGUUUCCUCUUGGACGACGUGGCUGCCGUGCGCACCCUCAACCGCUCGGCUUUCACCUACUACCCCGAUCCCAGUUUUGAGCCAUUCGGUCCCAGCGGCAUCCUGGAAAUUAAGCCUGGAUCCCACGUAGUCCUCAAGGGUAGGAACCUGAUCCCAGCAGUCUCGGGCAGCUCACGGCUCAACUACACAGUUCUGAUUGGUGGGGAGCCCUGCACCCUCACGGUCUCAGAGACUCAGCUGCUGUGCGACUCACCAAGCCAAACAGGGGAACAGCCUGUCACGAUCUUGGUCGGGGGGCUCGCCUUCUCCCCGGGGACUCUGCAUAUAUACCCCGAGGCAGCCCUCCCUCUCCCAGCUCUGGUCGGGUUGGGGGCUGGAGGUAGCUUGCUUCUGGGGGCUAUUAUCGGGGUGCUGGUGGCCUACAAGCGGAAGACGCGGGACGCCGACCGGACGCUGAAACGCCUGCAGCUGCAGAUGGACAACCUGGAAUCCCGCGUGGCCCUGGAGUGCAAGGAAGCUUUUGCCGAGCUUCAGACCGACAUCAACGAGCUGACGAACAACAUGGACGGCGUGAAGAUCCCCUUCCUGGACUAUCGAACGUACGCCAGGCGUGUGCUCUUCCCAGGUGUCGAUGACCACCCAGCUCUCCAGGAGACCAGUACGCCCCCGAGCACGGAGAAAGGGCUGCGCCUCUUUGGGCAGCUGCUGCACACGCGGCCCUUCCUGCUGACCUUCAUCCACACGCUGGAGAACCAGCGGGGCUUCUCCAUGCGGGACCGAGGGGCCGUCGCCUCCCUGACGAUGGUGGCUCUGCAGGGCAGGCUGGACUACGCCACCGGGGUCCUCAAGCAGCUGCUGGCAGACCUCAUCGAGAAGAACCUGCAGAACCGGGCCCACCCCAAGCUCCUGCUCCGCCGGACGGAGUCAGUAGCUGAAAAAAUGCUGACGAAUUGGUUCACUUUCCUACUGCACAGGUUCCUCAAGGAGUGUGCCGGAGAUCCGCUCUUCAUGCUUUUCUGUGCCAUUAAGCAGCAGAUGGAGAAAGGGCCGAUAGAUGCCAUCACGGGCGAGGCCCGCUACUCUCUGAGCGAGGACAAGCUCAUUCGCCAGCAGAUCGAUUACAAGACCUUGACUCUUCUCUGCACCCCACCGGAGCCCCCUGGGGGCCCUGCGGUGCCGGUCAAGGUGCUAAACUGUGACUCGGUGACCCAAGCAAAAGAGAAGCUGCUGGAUGCCGUGUACCGAGGCGUGCCCUAUUCCCAGCGGCCCCGUGCCGAGGACAUGGAGCUUGAGUGGUGCCAGGGCAACGGGGGGCGGACGGUGUUGCAAGACGAAGAUGCCACCAGCAAGAUCGAGGGAGACUGGAAGCGGCUCAACACCCUCGGGCACUAUCAGGUAAUGGACGGCUCUGCGGUGGCCCUGGUUCCCAGGCAGGCUUCGGGCUACAACAUCGCCAGCUCCUUCACUUUCACCCACUCGCUCAGCCGCUAUGAGAGUUUGCUUCGUACGUCCAGCAGCCCAGAGAGCUUGCGCUCACGAGCCCCCAUCCUCACGCCAGACCAAGACUCAGGCACCCGAUUGUGGCAUCUGGUCAAGAACCACGAGCACCUCGGAGACCCCAAGGAAGGGGAACGGGGGAGCAAGAUGGUGUCUGAGAUUUACCUCACCCGCCUCCUCGCCACCAAGGGCACAUUGCAAAAGUUUGUGGACGACCUCUUCGAGACGGUCUUCAGCACGGCACACCGGGCCAGCGCUCUCCCCCUGCCCAUCAAGUACAUGUUUGACUUCCUGGACGAGCAAGCCGAGCGGAGGCAGAUCGGGGACCCAGACGUUCGACACACCUGGAAAAGCAAUUGCCUGCCCUUGCGGUUUUGGGUGAAUGUCAUUAAGAACCCGCAGUUCGUCUUUGACAUCCACAAGAGCAGCAUCACGGACGCCUGCCUCUCGGUGGUGGCCCAGACCUUCAUGGACUCCUGCUCGACCUCCGAGCACCGCCUGGGCAAGGACUCUCCCUCCACCAAGCUGCUCUACGCCAAGGACAUCCCUGUGUACAAGGGUUGGGUGGAGAGGUACUACCGGGACAUAGCCAAGAUGUCCUCCAUCAGCGACCAAGACAUGGACGCCUACCUGGUGGAACAAUCACGGCAGCACGCCGGCGAAUUUAACACGUUAGGUGCCCUGGGGGAGCUCUACAGCUACGUGGGAAGGUACCGUGAUGAGAUUCUGACUGCGCUGGAACGUGACGCCGCUUGCCGGAAACAUAAAUUGAGGCAGAAGCUGGAACAAGUCGUCACUCUGGUUUCUGGGAAUAGCUGAGACUGCUGGGGAGAGGCUGGGGGACGCGCGGGGCG